AUGGUUUUUUCUUUGUUCAACUUGGGAAUGAUCCUACUUCUCCAGUCGGGUCACGCUCAGAGACAUACAAUAGAUAUCCCCCCACCAUUCAAUGCAAGCCUCGCAGUAUAUCAGGAUUUCCAAUCAUUUUCUAUUGAAUUUUCUUUCUUUCCUGACUAUGCCGGCAACCAGUCGAACCCGAAUACGUUCUCGAAGAACCUCCUUGAAAACUUCAAAAAUGUCACCGGUGUGUAUCCGAAAAUCAGAGUAGGAGGGACUUCCCAGUACGUUAUUACCAUGCAAGAUGCUCUUGUUGGGGCAGCUUCUUAUAUAUACGUCAAUAGGGACCACGCCGAUUACUUCCCAGAGCAAGAAGAAGCCGUAAAACUCAUUUUCGAGCAUCCGACAGACGAUCAGCCCAUCCAAAUAAAUUACGGGCCGGCGUAUUUCGAGUCUUACCACACACUUGGAAACGUCAAAUUUUUCCACGGGCUAAACUUGAACCAGAACCACUCCAUCCAGCAACUUACAGAAGCAGCUACGGUGUCCUGCACCAACAUUGGGUCGCAUCUGGAGCUGUACGAGUUGGGGAAUGAGUGGAACUUUGCACAUCAGAACUACCGACCCGGUAAUUAUUCGAUGGACGACUAUGUUCACGAAUGGAAUUAUAAGUCUGCCGCUGUUGUGGCUGCUGUACAAAAGGCUUGUCCUGGGAAAUUUCCUGGCUUUAUGGCUCCGAGCUUUGUUUUGUUAGACUUUAUUACAUCUAAUGGGUGGACGGCCGACGGGCUGUACCAGCUGGGGUAUGACCGAAAUAAUUUGACGAAGAUACUUUCGUUCCACAAUUAUAUGGGGGUCAACUCACCGCCAAACCCUCCUGUGGACUUGGAUCUACAGCGAACUUUGAUGAACCAUACCAGCAUUGUCGAGAAUCUAGCACCUCAGAUCCAACGCGCCCAGAAUCUUGCCUACCUCGGCCUUCCAUUCACACUUGGUGAAACCAAUUCAAUCGCGAAUCAGGGAAUUACUGGCGAAACUAGCGUAUUUGGUGAUGCACUGUGGCUUGUUGACUUUUCCCUCUGGGCUGCCGCUAAUAACAUACGCCGUCUCCAUUUCCACCAAGGCUUAGACUACCGCUACGACUCCUGGCAGCCAAUAUUAAGCAAGGGCCAAGCGCCUACCACAAGGCCCCCAUACUACGGCCAGAUCAUGGUCGCAUCUGUUCUGGGAAAAACACAAGAUACUCGCAUCGUCAAUAUUCCAUUGUCUGGUGAUACAGAGGCGACUUAUGGUAUCUACAAUGGAAACAAGGUAAGCAAGGUCGUUGCCCUAAAUCUCCGGGAGCGUAAUGCGACAUCAAAGGAGAACCGCCCAAGCCAGCAGUUUAAGUUUCAUGUUCCUGGCCAGCACCGCGCGAAUAUUGAGCGGCUGACCGCCCCUGGGAGCGAUUCCGCCACAGGGGUUACCUUUGGAGGUAUUUCCUAUGAUUAUGCGCGCAACAAUGGAUUACCGGUGAUUGUUGAUGGGAGAAAGGAGACCUUGGAUGUUGAAGAUGAGGUGCUUAGCGUUGACGUACCGGACUCGUCAGCAGUUCUCAUUUCGUUUGUCUAA